GAAGCCGGGAGGGAACUAGGGCGGAAGAAGACCAGGGCCGGGGUUGUGUUCGGGUCCUUGCCGGGGCUGGGGUUCCGAUGUGGUCCCCGGAGCGGGAGGCCGAGGCCCUGGCCGGGGCAGACCCAGCAGGCCUACUGCCCCCCGAGUGGGAGGAGGAUGAGGAGCGCAUGUCCUUCCUGUUCUCCGCCUUCAAGAGGAGUCGCGAGGUGAACAGCACCGACUGGGACAGCAAGAUGGGCUUCUGGGCGCCGUUGGUGCUGAGCCACAGCCGCCGCCAGGGGGUGGUGCGCCUGCGUCUGCGGGACUUGCAGGAGGCCUUUCAGCGCAAGGGUAGCGUCCCGCUGGGGCUGGCCACCGUGCUGCAGGACCUGCUGCGCCGAGGGGAGCUGCAGCGGGAGUCAGACUUCAUGGCCAGUGUAGACAGCAGCUGGAUCUCCUGGGGGGUUGGGGUCUUCCUGCUGAAGCCUCUCAAGUGGACGCUUUCUAAUGUGCUGGGGGAGAAUAAGGUCCCAGCCGAGGAGGUGCUUGUGGCUGUGGAGCUGCUCAAGGAAAAGGCCGAGGAGGUGUAUCGUCUGUAUCAGAACUCCCCUCUCUCCUCCCACCCUGUGGUGGCCCUUUCGGAGCUGAGCGCCCUCUGUGCCAACUCCUGCCCAGAUGAGAGGACCUUCUACUUGGUGUUGCUGCAGCUGCAGAAGGAGAAGAGAGUCACAGUCCUCGAGCAGAAUGGGGAGAAGAUUGUGAAGUUUGCCCGGGGGCCACAUGCCAAGGUGUCUCCUGUCAACGACGUGGAUGUCGGGGUGUACCAGCUGAUGCAGAGUGAGCAGCUUCUCUCGCGCAAAGUGGAGUCCUUAUCCCAGGAAGCAGAGAGGUGUAAAGAAGAAGCCCGCCGGGCAUGCCGGGAAGGAAAGAAGCAACUGGCGCUGAGGUCUCUCAAGGCCAAGCAACGGACGGAGAAGCGCAUCGAGGCCCUGCAUGCCAAGCUGGACACUGUUCAGGGCAUUCUGGACCGGAUCUGUGCCUCCCAGACAGAUCAGAUGGUAUUUAAUGCCUACCAGGCUGGGGUAGGAGCACUAAAACUCUCCAUGAAGGACGUCACAGUGGAGAAGGCAGAGAGCCUCGUGGAUCAGAUCCAAGAGCUCUGUGACACCCAGGAUGAAGUUUCUCAGACUCUGGCUGGUGGGGUAACCAAUGGCUUAGAUUUUGACAGUGAGGAACUGGAGAAGGAGUUGGACAUCCUCCUUCAGGACACCACCAAAGAACCUUUGGAUCUGCCUGACAACCCCCCUGAGACGUUUUAUACCAACAGUGUGCCUAACCCUAGGAUCUCAGAUGCUGAACUUGAAGCUGAACUUGAGAAGCUGUCCUUAUCAGAAGGAGGUUCCAUCCCAAGCAGUAAAUCUCCGAAAAGGCAAUUGGAACCGACUGUCUAAAGCCAUUGUAGGACCCUCAAGUGAAGGACCCUCAUGUAAAAGAAAGACCAGGCUUGUGUGUGUAUAUAGUCAUUUAAAUGAGAAGCUCUUCACAGUUCGUGGGGAAGAGGAGGAAGGAGAAGCACUCUGAUGUAUCUGGAUGCUACUGCCACCUACUACAGGACAGAUCGGAUCUCUGGAAGCGUUGCCCUGCAGGCGUGCUCCCAGCUGGUGUCAUGGACCUGCCUUCUCAUCUUUCUAGUGCCACACUUUAUACAGUUGUGUGUUUGACCUGUCGUCUCUCAUAGCCUGCAGUUCUUGUCAUUGGCUCAGUUAGGUUUGUCUUCACCCACCAGCUUCGUUCCAGCCCAUGAAGGUGAAAGAUUUGCAGCUUUGCCAAAUCAAAAUCUGUCCCCCCGACCAGCCAACCCCACGGUCUUUUAGAGGGGUUUAUUCUGUCCGCAAUGUCAGUUAAAUAACUCAUUCCUGUCCCACCCAAUUUCCACUGGUAAUGAGAACAAUGAGACUCAAAUACUUAAAAGUUUUAUAUGAGGGGACUUAAUAGCUGCUAUUUUAUGGAGAAACAUGCAGUGUAAAAGAUUUUUCUCUAGGGUUAUUUGUCAAAAUCUCCAAGUGUUCAGAAGAAGAGGUCACCCCUGAGUGGCUCAGAGUUGUGACAGCUGGGAGGGGGCUCAUGUGGUUGGUGGACACCGCCCCUUCCAUCUUACGCAGAAGGAGAUCUGCCGACGGGGAAGGGGUUAUUCUGGGUCUUUUGCACUUGGGCAGGGAGAGGCCCAGGUGACUCUAGGGCCCCCAAGAUGUCCAAAUCAUGUAUGCUUUUUUACAGAGGUGAAAUUUUUGCCUUGGCCCCAUCAUGAGUAACUUAAAUUUAAAAGUAUAUAUUUAUUUUCCAGAAUGAGCCACACAACAAUACACCUCCCCUUCUCGAGCCUGGCACACAACAACAGGCUCUUUGUUUGAAUCUGGAAAGCAUUUUGCUUUUAACCCACUGUUCAGGGCAGGGGGUCUGAGCCAGGAUGUGCAAUAGACGCAUGAGGUCUUGCCCUUCUGCAGGGUCUGCCCUGUGCUUCCUCGGCGGCUCUGCACCUCCCCUGCCGCCUGCAGCCCCAUCUUCCCGCUUCACUGGAGGAACUGGGGAGGGUGGGGUGGGAGGACAGGCAGGAGAGGCUCUGAAUGCUCUGGCAACAGGGGGAAGGAAAGAUGACAGCCACACUGCCACUCUGCUGCCCAGGAGCAAGGAUAUCUGCCUGGAACCCUUCACCCUGUCCCUCGCUCCUACCCCAGGUGGGUAGAGCAGAGGAGAAUUUGCUCCAGGGCAGGAGCACAAAUCACUGUUCUGAUCAAUGAAUCUCCCUCCCACUGGACCUUGGGAAACGGAAAUGUUGGGGGUGAAGAGAAACAAUCACUAUUUUUUCUUUUUUACCUGGUAAAUAAUUAAAUGAAAAAAAACCCGA